GAAAGGCAAAGUCCAAUUUGUUGAGGCGCAGAAGCCAACUUACCAACUGGUUGGGGGUUUGAAUUGUAAUUUUGUUGUUUCUUUAGACCGCUCCACAAACUGCUUCUUUCUGAAGAGUCCUCAAUGCUUUCAACCUCGUUCUCUAUAUAAACUCCUAGGACCUCUGUCUGCGCUAAAACAACUACCAACAAUUUUUUUUUGGUUUGGUGGAGAUGUGGACAACUCCAAGAAGAAACCUGCAGGUUCUUGAUACCUUAGUAUUACUUGGAUUAGUCCUGGUUUUGAUUAAUGUAAAUGGUGUUGAAAGCCGAACGGUGAGAAUUUUAGACUCAUUUGGUUACCCAGUUACUGGUUGCAGCAGAAAGUACAGUGCCUCAUUGGCUGACUUUGGAGGAGUUGGUGAUGGAGUGACAUCAAAUACGAAGGCUUUUCAGGCUGCCAUUGAUAAUCUGAGCCAGUAUGCAUCAGAUGGUGGAUCCCUACUCUUUGUUCCUCCAGGAAAAUGGCUGACUGGUAGUUUUAAUCUUACCAGCCAUUUCACUCUGUAUCUCCACAAAGAUGCCACUCUUCUUGCUUCACAGGAUGAGAGUGAAUGGGCUGUCAUUGACCCUCUACCGUCGUAUGGUCGAGGAAGGGAUGCAGUUGGUGGAAGGUAUAUCAGUCUUAUUUUUGGAACCAACCUUACCGAUGUUGUUGUAACAGGGGACAAUGGCACUAUUCAUGGUCAGGGUACCACCUGGUGGGACAAAUUCCACAAGGGAGAGCUGAAAUACACCAGACCUUACCUGAUUGAGAUCAUGUACUCCAAUCAAGUUCAAAUCUCUAGUCUCACAUUGAUGGAUUCUCCAUCCUGGAAUGUUCAUCCUAUUUACAGCAGCAAUGUUGUUGUUCAAGGCUUAACAAUCCUCGCACCUGUAACUUCUCCAAACACUGAUGGGAUCAACCCAGACUCUUGCACUAAUACCCGGAUUGAAGACUGCUACAUUGUCUCUGGAGAUGAUUGUGUAGCUGUUAAGAGUGGCUGGGAUGAGUAUGGUAUCAAGUUUGCUAUGCCAACAAAGCAGCUGGUAAUCAGACGGCUCACAUGCAUUUCUCCAUUCAGUGCAGUGAUUGCACUAGGUAGUGAGAUGUCCGGUGGGAUCGAGGAUGUUAGGGCAGAAGACAUCACAGGCAUUAAUUCAGAGUCAGCCGUCAGGAUCAAAACCGCUGUGGGAAGAGGAAACUAUGUCAAAGACAUAUAUGUGAGAGGGAUGACUAUGAAAACUAUGAAAAUGGUCUUCUGGAUGGCGGGGAAUUACGGCUCUCAUCCUGACAACGAUUAUGAUCCUAAUGCAAUCCCUGUUAUUCAGAAUAUCAAUUUUCGAGAUGUUGUUGCAGAGAACGUGACAAUGGCUGCUAGACUGGAGGGAAUUCCAGGCCAUCCAUUUACUGGAAUCUGCAUAUCCAAUGCCACCAUCGGACUAACAAAGAAGCCAAAGAAGAUUCAAUGGAAUUGCACUGAAAUUGCAGGGGUUUCAAGUGAUGUUACGCCUCCGCCUUGCAAUCUGCUGACAGAUCAAGGACCAGCAAAUGCUUGUGAUUUUCCAGAAGACAGCUUUCCAAGUGUCAAACUUUAAGUCUAAAUGUGCUCUUACAGAAUUUGUGACAGAAUGAAGAUAUCAAUUUCUUUAAUGUAAGAAACUACGAUAGUAAUUUUUACAUUUUAAAAUCCUAUUGAACUCUCAAAUACGACGUCGGAUAAAGUCUCUAGCUAAAUUUAACCUGUUCAAUUUAUAUGACACAAGGAGGUAAUUGAUUCCUGGAA